AUGUCUGAACUUUUAAAUGAAAAAAACGAAAUUGAAAAAUCUUAUCGGGAACUGCUAGAAGAGCUUUCGAAAUAUGAGCAAGAGCUUGUCACAAUAAUAAACAGAGAUAUUUCAACGGAUGAAUUAGCUGAAAAAGAUAUCCGUAAAAAUAUUUUGAAUAUUAACAAAACUCUUAUUGAGCUUCAAAAUAAAUCCCUAAGUGAAACGAAAAUCUUGUCUUCUCAAAGAGUACUAUUGCAAAAUAAAUCCAAAGAAGAAUAUGAAACUUGGGCAAAAGAAAUCAUCAAUUCUUAUAGGGUUGAAUUGGAAAAGCUAAAAUCAACAUUUCAAGCAUUAAACGAUAAACUGUCAAAAGACAAAGAACAACAACAGAUAAUCAUUAAGAAAUUAGAAGUAGAAGAAUCAGGACUUCAAGCAUUGGAAAAUUCAGAAAGUAUUAGUAUUACUAUUCAAAAGAACCUUAAUAACAUAAAAGACUCAUCAGAUACAAUAAAAAUAUUAGAAACUGAACUUCAGGAAUCCAAAGAGGAAAACGUCACUAACGAAAUCAAUCAAAUCAAUGAAAGCUUAAUUCGGAUUUCUACUGGUAUUGAUAUUUAUAAAUUGAAUGCUGGAAAAUAUAUUAAUUCUGACAUUGAUAAAAUGGAUGAAAGUGUUUUCAAUGAUUCCAUUGUGAAAUUAAAAGAGGAAAACGAGAAAAAAAUAUCCGAUUAUAAUGACGAAAUAAAACAAUUAGAACUUUUAUCAGAACUUAAAGAUAAUGUUCUUCCUUAUUUGGAAUUUGAAGAAAAUAAGAAAAUUGAAAACAAUAUCAAAA